AGGUCGGAGAAGUUGCCUCCACUGAUCAAGAGAUUCGACAACAAGUUCGGACGAUUGUUCCAAUACAACGUUUGGAUUUUCAAGGAUAGAAGUCCGGAGUGGGUGAAAGAGAAUUUCCCCAGAUUCUUUAAGAGCUACGAAGAGUUCUGGGAGAAUAGGAUGGUUCCAGGAGGGAAGUACCACUAA